AUGGUUCCAGUGCCAGCAUCGCAGGUGAAACAGAUUGCUGGAAGAGCUGGGCGUAGAGGAAGUCGCUAUCCUGAUGGACUAACUACUACUUUGCAUCAUGAUGAUUUGGAGUACUUAAUAGAGUGUUUGAAAAAACCUUUUGACGAUGUUAAGAAAGUAGGACUUUUUCCCUUUUUCGAGCAAGUCGAGCUAUUUGGAGCGCAACUUCCAAAUGUAACAUUUUCCCAGCUCCUAAUGGAAUUUGGUGAGAAUUGCCGAUUAGAUGGGUCUUUCUUUUUGUGCCAGCACCAGCAUGUGAAGAAAAUAGCUAAUAUGCUGGAGAAGGUUCAGGGGUUAUCUCUGGAAGAUCGUUUCAAUUUUUGUUUUGCCCCUUGCAACAUUAGGGAUCCAAAAGCAAUGUACCAUCUUCUGAGGUUCGCUUCAUCGUAUGCCCAAGAGCUUCCUGUCAAUAUAGCAAUGGGCAUGCCCAAAUGUUCCGCUCGUAGUGAUUCAGAGCUCUUGGAUCUUGAGACUAGGCACCAAGUAGUGUCUAUGUACUUAUGGUUGUCUAAUCACUUUGAGGAGGAAAGGUUUCCAUAUAUUAAGAAGGCCGAGACAAUGGCUACAGAUAUUGCUCACUUAUUGGGCGAAUCACUCUUAAAGGCUAGCUGGAAGCCAGAAUCAAGGAAUGCACGAAACCCAAAGCUGCAACAGGAGGAUGGUUAUCAGAGGCCGAGGUCACUUGUUAAGUUACAGGAAAAGUAA